UCAAUCGCUUGCUGGCUGGCUGGCAUUGUUAUUUUACUGAAUUAAAACUAAAAGUAUUAUCUUAUCAUACCAGUAUUAGUUGCUAGUGUUGUUAAAUUGUAAGCAGACAAUCUACGGAAGGACACGCAUCGUCCAGCAAGCAGCCAAAAACAUGGACCCGUUGAAAAUCGUCGCCACUUUGGUGCUGACCUUCUCUCUGUUUAACUUUUGUGCCGCCCAUGAGUGUUACGUUUGCUCGAACCAGACGGGCAACACGGAAAAGUGCCUGAAUACGAUCAAAACCUGUGCCCAGGGCGAGGAAGCUUGCCUGACGGAAAUCCGGUGGGGCAGCAUGCCGUACUUUUCGCUCGGUGCCCUGAAGCAGUUCUACGUUUCGAAACGGUGCGCCUCGAAGGAGGUGUGCAAAAAGACGCGCAGCAAGUACAUGAAAUACUGCACGCACAUCUGGUACGAGGAUUGGUCCUGCGCCGAGUGCUGCCUUGGCGAUCGGUGUAACUACUAUGUGAUUAGUGGAGCUCCACCGCACACGAUGUCCUGGGCGACCUUCCUGGGAACGAUGGCAAGUAUUCUGAUCGCCAGAUAUUUGUACAAUUUAUAAUUGCAUUUUUCGGUCGAAUCUGAUUCGAAAGUAACUCACGGAACAUUCCAACAGAAUCUACCUAAUUUUAGAAAAAAACAGUGCCUUUUUUCGCGUAUAGUAAGAUAACCUUACUUAAGUACAUGAAUCUCAAACAGAUUCAAACAAAUCCGUCCAAAACAAGUUUGGCUUUUUAAUAGUGUUAAGCAGGUUGCGUGAUCAACUACAGAAAGUUUUUUUUGUUGAUAGAGUUAUUCCUAGUAAUGAUUUUACAUAUGCGAAUAAAUUUUAAUUUUAA